GAUACGGACUACACCCAGCCGCUGCCUCACUGCCCUGGCUUUCUUUGCUGCCCCAGCCUUGACGUUGGUUAACGUCGAAGUGCGGGUUAGAUUGGAGAUUCUAAAUUCGCCUGUAGGCUUUCUUCCAAUUUGGCUGUCUCUCGUUUGGCCAGCUUGCCUCUAAAGCUGUAGGGAUUUUUAUAUUGCAUCGAUUUCUUGAAUAUGUCUUGGCAAAGCUACGUGGAAAACCUGAUGGCCGAUGGCAGCUGUCAGGAUAGCGCCAUUGUUGGGUAUACGGACGCCAAAUAUGUUUGGGCAGCACAUGCCGGUGGUACUUUCAACAAUAUCACGUCUCAAGAAAUUGAUGUCCUUAUCGGUAAGGACAGGGAGACCUUUUACACCAGCGGUCUCACUCUGGGCUCAAAGAAGUGUUCGGUCCUCAGAGAUAGCCUCCAUGAUGACGGGGACUGGACAAUGGACAUCAGGACAAAGAGCCAAGGAGGAGAACCUACAUACAAUAUCUCUGUGGGAAGAGCUGGAAAAGUUUUGGUUCUUGUAAUGGGCAAAGAAGGGGUCCAUGGAGGCGGAUUGAAUAAGAAGGCUUACUCAAUGGCAAAAUACUUGAGGGAUUCAGGGUUUUAAUGUUUUCAAGCUCACUUAGAUAAAAUUGAGGGACAAAAAGAAGAGAAAAGAAAUAUUGCUGUUAAGAUUUCUCCUGCAAGCAGUCAAAUGUCUUGGAAACUUUUAAUAGCAAUGAAGAGUGGUAAGAUACUGUGUCACCUUUGUUCCCCCCUUCAUCCUGUAGGGGGGAGACUCUUCAAUUUUGUUCAUUUCUCUUUUUUUCCUUGUGUG